UAAGAUUACUUUUGAAAAUUUUGUAAGGUAACAAAAAGAACAGUGCAUGAAUCUUCAGUAAUAAGGGAAAAGAAAAGAAAGGAGAAAGGGAAAAGCAGAAGACCCAGACAUUGAGGAAGGACAUGUCAGGGAGUGCAGUUUCAAAGGCAAAACUCCCGACCAACAUAUCAGCUCAGACAUGGCAACACUGCUCCCAGUCUCGUUCAAAAUGGCGGUACCGAAAGAGAAGGACUUUAUGCCGCUUCUGGCAUCUUGCCGUAUCUUGGUAGUUGGUGCUGGUGGUAUUGGCUGUGAAUUAUUGAAAAAUCUAGUUCUCACUGGGUUCGAGGAUAUAGAAGUGAUUGACUUGGAUACAAUAGAUGUGAGCAACCUGAACAGACAGUUCCUUUUCCAAAAGUGUCAUGUUGGGAGGAGUAAAGCAGAGGUUGCCAAGGAGUCAGCCCUCAGAUUUAAUCCGAAAGCAAAGAUAGUGGCUCAUCAUGACUCAGUGUUGAAGCCCAAAUAUGGUGUGCCAUUCUUCAAAGAAUUCACCAUGGUUAUGAAUGCACUUGACAAUCAAGCUGCUAGGAACCAUGUUAACCGUCUUUGUCUUGCAUCUGAUGUUCCAUUAGUGGAAAGUGGCACAGCAGGAUACCUUGGACAAGUUACAGUGAUAAAGAAGGGGCUUACUGAAUGCUAUGAGUGCCAGCCCAAGGCAGCCCAGAAGACCUAUCCAGGUUGCACUAUCAGGAACACUCCCUCAGAGCCCAUUCACUGCAUUGUCUGGGCCAAGCAUCUCUUCAACCAACUUUUUGGAGAAGCAGAUCCAGAUGAAGAUGUUUCACCAGACUCUGCAGACCCUGAACUUGUGGGUCAGGCAGGCAAGUCAGCUCUUGACAGUUCUGAAGCCCAAUCAAAAGCAAGUACUACUCAGGACAACGAAUCAGCUUCCAAUGGAAAUGUUCUGAGGGUGUCUACUCGUGCGUGGGCCAGUUCUCAUGACUAUUGUCCAAAGAGAUCUCCAUUCUUGGAGACUUCAAUGUUCACCACCAGCUUUGGCUUUCGUCUUCCUUCACUGACCAUUCUGAAAUUGUUCACCAAGUUGUUCUCAGAAGACAUCUUGUACCUGCUCUCAAUGGAAAAAUUAUGGGAAAACAGACGUCGACCAACCCCAUUAACUUGGGAAGAAGCAGGAACUAUUGAUGAGGAGAAAGAAGCUGAGAAUGACAAAGGUGGCAUAGCAGAUCAGCGAUUGUGGAGUGUUAAGGAGUGCCAAGAGAUUUUUUCAUCUGCUGUUCACAUUAUAAGGAAAAGACUUACGGGUGAAGUAACAGAACUGGUGUGGGACAAGGAUGAUGAAAGCAGCAUGGACUUUGUGUGUGCCUGUGCAAAUCUGAGGGCACAUAUCUUUGGCAUUCAGAGGAAGACCAGAUUUGAUGUGAAAUCCAUGGCUGGUAACAUCAUCCCUGCCAUUGCCACCACCAAUGCUGUGAUUGCUGGACUGAUAGUAUUGGAGGGACUGAAGGUGUUAGCUGGUGAAUUUGGAGCAGCCCGAACUACGUACCUGAACCGACGACCAAAUCCCCGUCGGCGGCUGCUGGUGCCAUGUGCACUGGAUCCACCGCGGCCCCAAUGUCUUGUGUGUGCUCCACGACCCCGAUUAGCCUUAAAGCUGCCUGUGGCUCUUACCUCAGUGGGAGCUCUAAAAGACAAAGUGCUGCGGGGUGCCUUAGCCAUGGCAGCCCCAGAUGUUGAGGUGGUAGAUGGCAAGGGCACCAUCCUGAUAUCAUCUGAAGAAGGAGAGACCCAAGAGAAUAAUGGGAAGAUGUUGAAGGAAUUCAACAUUGUAGAUGGAACCCAGCUUAACUGUGAUGACUUUUUGCAGAACUACAACAUCCUUGUGGACAUUAUUGACUGUGAUCAACUGAAGGAUGGUGCUGAGUUUGAGGUAAUUGGUGACCCUGAACAGUUGAAGAAAGAACAAGAAGAACAAGCCAAAGAACAGGAUAAGAAGGAAGAAGAACAAACCUCUUCCUCCUCAACAUCAGCAGCAACAGCAGCUGCAUCACUGCUUCCACCAACUGUCGUGGAGGAUGAUGAUGACUUGGUGUGCCUUGAUGAUGUAAUUGUGAAGAAGAGGAAAGUAGAGGAAGGAGAAGAAAGAGAGGAGGAGCCUCCCCUCAAGAAAGCCCGAAGUGGUGGAAAAACAGAGGAAGAAGAGGAGAUAAUGGUACUAGAGUGAGGAAAGAAAGAAGGACUUUCAUAUGGAUAUUGUGUUGCAUCAGACAGUCACACUCUAUAACAAAAUCAGAUAGGAAUAUGCAGUUGUGAUGUGGGCACAUAUGAAAGCAUGUUACUGUGGAAAGUACAAAAAAUAACCAUAAAAGUGGCACUAGUUAGAAAAAAUGUCCAACGAAGAGGCUGGAAAGCUACAAUGUCACACUGAUUUUAGGAGAAAGAGAGUGAUUAUUUUGAUAUUCAAAUCAGUUUGUGUGUAGAGGAAAUUGGAUGAUGCUGGUGAAGAGAGUGCAACAGAGAAUGAAUAGAAAACGGAAAAGACCAGAUGAUAAUGUGAUAUAUAGGAAGGAGUGAAAGGAAUUUAUAUGGCUUUGAAAAAAACUUUCAAAUGGGUGCAUAAGAUGCUGCUAAACCAUAUUGAAAAUUGCCUGGAGGAAAAGUAGAGGAGAGCUCAUAUAACAGAAAAGAUCUUGGAAGAAUGUCAUUCCCAAGAAUAAUUUUUCCCCCAAGUUGCAUUCAUGACUCAUAUAAAAGGUAUGCCUAAUGAUGUGAGUUGUUUUGUUAAUCUUUGUACACAAUGUUUCUUAGGUUAUAAAAAAAAAUGAAGUCUUCAAAUCAUGAAUACUGCAGGAAUUGGAUGAAGUAUGGAAAUUAAGUCGAUUAAUUUUUUUUUAAUUGAAAAUUUUAAAGUAGUUGGAGCUGGAAGCAGAUGGGAAAAGAACUGGAUGAAAGUAAACAAAGUGGUAAAGUAAAAAGACAUACAAAACCUGAGAGUACAAGAUAUUCUGUGUAAAAUGGAAAAAAAAAAUAAAUAAAAAAAAUAAAGGCAUAUAUAAUGUGGUGGACUCAAUUUUUCACAUCUCAGAAAAUCAGGCUAUAUUCUAGCAAUGUAUUUCAUACAUGCAUCUCAGCUCAGUCCAAAGAGAUUGCUUGUUGCCCCAGCUACUAACAGUGUAUACAUUAUACAUUUAUCCAUAGUGAACUGUGAUUAUAUGUGUUGCUCUUGACCUAAAUUUGGAAGCUGAGGUGGCACCAUGCUAUCCUUGGAUAGUUAGAUGAAGAAAUAGUAUUAACUAUUGACUAGUGAGAUGGCUGCAUCUUGUUGAAAGGGUUCAAAUAGGCAAGGGACAAUACUUUAGUUCAGGAAGUUUUUAGUUUUUGUCUGCUGGCAGAAAGAAGGCCUUGUACACUUUGUGACAGGGCAAAACUGCAGGAUUCCAUAUUAUUUCAGAGCCCUCACAUUGGGAUACAAAGCAGUAUAAGACUGACUCAUGCUACCAUAGGAAAUAUGCUAGAGAAUGUCAUGAACUUCACAUCUGCAUCUAUGCAGCCAUCUCCCCUUUCCAAGUCAUCAGUAAUCUGUAUUGUCCCAGAACCUAAGAUGCACAGGAAAUGUUUAGUUACAUUCAUUAGGCAAGUAGUGAGCAGAUUAAAGGAAACAACAUGUAAAAUGUGUCAUAAAAAUGCACUUAAAGAACUGUAGAACAUGAAUACACUGUACAAAAUAGAAUAUAAAAAGCCUAUGAGCCAUUAAUACCUGUAUGCAAAGCUAUAAGAGCAAGAGCUGCUAGGUACAUACCUCCACCUCCAUUCAUUCCCCAGUCUGCAUCAUAUUCCCUUCUUUUUUGUUCAUCUUCAGAUGGUUUACAUUCUCAAAGCCCAUGAUGUCAAGCCUAGUACAUAGUUACUGGUCUCUUUGUCAUCAUCCUUUGCCACAUCAUUGUCAUCAUCAUCCAGGGACAUAGUAUCCUCUAACUUGGUCACUUCCAGUUUCUUCCAUCAACUCAAUUCCAGAGAUCACUGACCCUUUUUAUCGUAAGUGUGUAUCAUUCACUAAGAAAGCCAACAGAAGUAAGAAUUUAUGAAAGUGUGAAGCAGUGAAAGCCUAGCACAUUGUGGUGGGUCACAUCAACAUAAUCUCCAGGCUAAGUUGGUCAUAGCUGCUGAAAUAUGCCUAAUGUUAGGUCUCCUUUUAAUUUUAUGGACAAUGAAGGACUAAGUUGUGAGGAAAGAAAGCAUAAGCCUAUGGUCUGACCAUUUUUAAUUGAACAUUUAGGCAUUGUCCUUUCUGGGAAUUCUCCAGCCUGCAGUGCUGCCACAUUUAUAUUAAGACAUAUCCCAUGUCAGGUACCUCCUACCUCAAAAGUAAAUGGUGUAGUAUAUAUACAUUGUGAUUCUCUAAAAAAGGCAAGUUAGUGUAAUAUGUUUUUUUUAAUGAUGCAUUGUUUUUUUUUGCAAACACCACAACCCUUGACAAGGUUUCCUCCAGGCAUUGUCACGUCGUCACAUGGUCAGAGUGACUUGUGUUAAUCAGUGGUCACUUCCUCUCGCGCUGCCAGCUAGGAUAGAAGCUAACUCUCCCACUCACUUUCGUCACCACAGCUGAGAAAGCUUAUUUAUAUAGUAAAUAAGUAUUUUUUUGGAAGAAAAGGCUAAUAGGGGGUUCAUUACUUGACCCCUCAGGAGCUGUUGCCCAAACAGCGAAAGCCACCAAUGUACCUUGACUUUUACCUUGGUGUUGGUGUGGAAAAAUUCGUAACUAAAGAAUAAAAAUGUAAUAUCAUAGUUUAAGGGAAAUAUCAUAUCUAAAAGGAAACCUAUCACAUUUAAAUUAAAUUCAUAAUGGAGAGAGAGAGAGAGAGAGAGAGAGAGAGAGAGAGAGAGAGAGGGGGGGGGGGAGGUUGACUAACAGGCAGGAGAUUUUUUUCUCAAAUUUUAAUGAUGCGUAUGCAAGUAUAGAUCUGAUAGAACUAAAUUUGCAUGGAAUGUAGAUUGUAUAUGCAAAGACAGAGAGAGAGAGAGAGAGAGAGGUGUGUGGGGAGUGAGGUUAUCAGUGACACAUAGGCUCUAAUCUGAUAUUUGACCCAAUACAAGGUUUGGCAGUGCCACAAGCUGGGGAAUCCCCAGAAAGGAUAAUGCCUAAAUGCACAAUUCAAAAUGGUCAGACCAUAGGCUGUCUUUUAUUAUUGUUGUAGUUUACCAGCUUGUCAAUUUAUACAACUCUGUUUUACCAAAAUUCUAAAUUGUUAGUCUUAAAAUUAAUAUAGCUGUUUCAGUGUUUUGUGCAUUUUUGUCCAGCUUAGAAUAAAGUUUUUAUCUUGCUGUUGUAGUGCUGUUGUAAUGUGUCAUGAAUACCACUCACAUUUAAAGGAUUGCUUAAAACAAAAAUGAUACACUGCAUGCAUUUUGCAGUUUGUGAUUAUAUGCAGAUCAAGUACUGACCACUUCUUUAUACUUUGUAAGAUUUUAUAGCAUAAAUAUUUUUUUGUAUUGAAACCAAAAUACAUGUCAGGUUACUAUGAA